CCCCUUGCCCUGUCGAGUUGUGGGGAGAGGCAGCGCCCGUGCUGAAACGCUGGUGCCGGUACGCUGCUCCUCCGAGCUCCGGCAGCGCAGGUCUCCGUAACUAGAAAGCAUCGGGUGGAGAAAGAACGCGGAACGUCAGGGAGCGCGGGGACGGCACGUUUAAAUAUUCAUAUCUCUCGGUCUCCUGCAUUGGCAUUCCCGGGCAAUUUUGCAACAACGUCUAGGAGCAGAGCCUGGGAAGCGGAGAGCUCCCAGUCAGAAGGCAGAGCUGGCAGUGGCGGUUCGCUCUCGGGCUACCUGGAGACACGAGUCCAGUGGGACAACUCGUCCUUGGAAUGCAUUGGAGCCCGCGGUUGAGCACGGUUCUGCACGUCGUUUAACGCUUUACAGGCGGCUCGAGAGUCCGAGACCUGUCAGCGGCAAGAAUUUGUGUGUGUGGAGGUUAUGGAGGGGAGAGAGGGAGGAGAUUUUGAUUUCCAUGCGAUGUCAGGUUUCUAUUGAGGUGGCGGCGAUCGAAGAGCCGGUAUGUACGCCGAGACCGAACCGUCUCGAUGCAGGAGUUACCAGAUUGAUUUGGGAUGAAUAACCUGAUAUCCCAGGACGGUGCUCGACUCGUCCUGCUGGACUCCCACUAAGUACUCAGCUCACCUGAUUAUAAUUCCACCCCCCAGGACCCGCUUCGCCCCCUGCUCGGCACAGAUGUCCUAAGGUAUGUUCCGCACGUCCUGAGCCAAAAUCAUGUUGGAGUGCCUCUGGCCAGCUGCCUCCAACCAUGGCAUCUCGACCGUCCAUUCGAGUGGCGCCGCCUUCCUCCCGGUUGAGUCGCAGGGUGCUGUUCAUCUUCAGUCUGUCCCUUUGCUUCACGUACCUGUUCUACAACCUCCUUUUCUGCGCCCACCCCAUCAUGCAGAGACCGCUUGGCUUCGCGGAAGAUCGAGCAUGUUACUUGAUGCAAGCCGUGCCGCCCAAGAAACUCCUGCACAAGUCCCAGUACUGUGCAAACGAGGUGCCGGCGGCUGACAGCCGCGGCGGAGGGGGCCAAGAGCAAGGCGGUCUCCCCCGAGCGGACCCUGCCGAGGAGCGCCCUACCAACAGGGCGCUCACUCCGGCAGCGCUGGCAUCGCCUUCCCACCCGCGGGACAGGAACAGCAACGCCACGGCCAGAGUGGGCAACAAGCGACUGCCACGGGCUAUCAUCGUCGGCGUGAAGAAGGGAGGCACGCGGGCCGUGCUGGAGUUCAUCCGCGUCCACCCCGACGUGAGAGCACUGGGCACCGAGCCUCACUUCUUCGACAGACACCAUGAAAAAGGCCUGGACUGGUACAGGAGUUUGAUGCCAAAGACAUUGGACGGACAGCUCACCAUGGAGAAAACACCCAGUUACUUUGUCACCAGAGAAGCACCAAAACGAAUCUUCUCCAUGGCAAAGGGCACCAAGCUGGUGGUGGUGGUCCGGAACCCAGUGACCAGAGCCAUUUCAGACUAUACCCAGACACUGUCCAAGAAACCUGAGAUUCCAACCUUUGAGGUUCUGGCCUUCAAGAACAGGACCCUGGGCCUGAUCGAUGCCUCUUGGAGUGCCAUCCGCAUUGGGAUCUAUGCCUUACACCUGGAGAACUGGCUCCAGUUCUUUCCCCUUUCCCAGAUCCAUUUCGUCAGCGGGGAGAGGCUCAUCAUUGACCCGGCUGGAGAGAUGGGAAAAGUUCAGGACUUCUUGGGCCUCAAGAGGAUCGUCACAGACAAGCAUUUUUACUUCAACAAAACCAAGGGAUUUCCGUGCCUGAAGAAACCUGAGAGCAGCAGCCUGCCAAGAUGCCUCGGGAAAUCUAAAGGAAGGACUCAUGUCCAGAUAGACUCAGAUGUUAUUGAGCAGCUGAAAGAAUUUUAUAGACCAUAUAAUAUAAAGUUUUAUCAAAUGGUGGGACAGGAUUUUCGAUGGGACUAA